GUAAAAAGUGACACCGUCUCUCUUCCACCUCUCAACCUCAACCUGCAGGCGUUUGUGUAAGAACUUAUUCAUCCAGUCACCUACACACCACAAUGGCACCCGGAAUUUUGGUACAGGAGCCGGUCCAAGUCCUCCCUAGCAGCAGGACAACGGCAGUUCUGAAGAAUGAAGACGCACCCCGCUCCAUAUUCCCAGACGGCAUCAGGACGUCUGGCCAACACCCACCCCUAUACGAGGCAUUGAGGCCGUACUCGGAGUUUCCCAAGGAGAUCAGCGGUCCGACAGUGUGGACAAAAGAGGAAUAUGUCAACAAUCCCGAACGAUGGGUCCACCCCUUCACUGAGGAGGAAAUCGGCGAGCUGAGCGAAGCAGCCGACCGCUUCAUCGCGAGCGGUGCUCCCCUAACCGGGAUCUCCAAGGAGAACUUCCGGCUCAACAAGAUGACCAAGGUGCUGCAAGUGCUGCGCAACGAUCUGCUCAACGGCAAGGGCUUCAUCCUGUUCAAGGGCUUCCCUGCCGAGGCAUGGGGCCCGCUCAAGACGUCGGUGGCGUACAUGGGGUUGGGCCAGUACGUGGGCUACUUCGUGUCCCAGAACCGGCACGGCCACGUGCUGGGCCACGUCAAGGACGUGGGCGACGACCCCUCGCAGAUCCACAGCACGCGCAUCUACCGCACCUCCGCGCGCCAGUUCUUCCACGCCGACGACUCCGACGUCGUCGGCCUGCUGUGCCUGCACCGCGCGGCCGAGGGCGGCGAGAGCGACAUCGUCUCGGUCCACAACGUGUGGAACGCCCUCCAGCGCGAGAACCCGGACGUCGCCGAACUGCUGACGAGGCCCGUCUGGUACUUUGACCGCAAGGGGGAGGUGUCGGACGGCCAGGAGGAGUGGGUGCGCCAGCCGGUCAUCUACCUCGAGAACGGCGGCAAGGGUCGGCUGUACUGCAAGUGGGACCCGUACUACGUGCGGUCGCUGACGCGGUUCUCCGACGCCGGGAUCAUCCCGGCGCUGAGCGAGGAGCAGGAGCACGCCAUCCAGGUGCUGGAGGACACGUGCAACAGGCUCUCGCUGCACAUGAUCCUCGAGGUGGGCGACAUCCAGUUCGUGAGCAAUGCCCACCUGCUGCACGCGAGGACGGCAUACAAGGAUUUUCCCCCGCCGUCACCGCGUCGCCACCUCCUUCGCCUGUGGCUUGCAACCCCCGAGACGGAGGGCGGGUGGGCUUUGCCGAUGCCCGACAGCAAGGAGAAGAAGCGGGGAGGCAUCCAGGUCAACAACAACCCGCCACGGGCGCCGUUGGACGCCGAGUGAUUAAUUAAAACACGUACGAGGGUGGCAUGGAUAUCUUUCGGGCGCAAGGCAGGCAAUUCGGAGGCGAGCGGUUUGAAGUUUUGUAAAAGUAUGGCUGGCUGCCGUUGUCAGCAUAAAACAAUUAUCGAGGGACUUGAAUGAGAGCACUCGAUCCCAUGAAUAUUUUC